GGGACCUGCAAGGUCACAUGACUCCCGUUUCAGGAAGACGCGUUUGGCUCUCGGUUUGCAGGGAGAGGAGGUGGCAUUUCCAGUUGUGUUUAAAAGGAUAGAACAGACCCUUAGGAAGGAGAAUUAUGUAGUCUCCCUCAGUAACCCGUCCUCUCCUGUCUCCGAUGGGGCCUAUAUGGGGUGGAUGGCAGGGCAUCUCGUCUGAUCCUGAAGGAGAAGAUGAAGAUGUACCCCGUUCUGUGGAGCCAGCUACCAACCCGGAUGCCUGCAGCCUUCGAAGGAACAAUUUGGGCUUCUGGUUACUGGGACUCUGCAACAAUUUUGCGUAUGUGGUUAUGCUGAGCGCUGCCCAUGACAUUCUCAGCCAUCAGAAGGUGCCUGCUGGCAAUGGGACUGGACCGGUGCCCCACGACGCUAAUGCUUCUCGCUAUGACUGCAACCCCAUUUCUACAGGGGCCGUGCUGUUAGCUGACAUUCUGCCCACUCUUCUGAUCAAAUUCAGCGCUCCUUUUUGUAUCCACUUGUUCCCAUAUGGCUUGCGUGUGGCCAUCUGCGUCCUCACAGCUUGGGGCAGUUUCUUGCUGGUGGCCUUCUCAACAGGCACAGCCCAAAGUAUGGCAGGUGUCGUGCUGGCCAGUAUCUCAUCUGGCUUGGGUGAAAUAACGUUCCUGGCACUCACAUCUUUCUUUGACAGCACGGUGGUGUCUGCGUGGUCCUCUGGGACAGGAGGGGCUGGCCUGAUCGGCGCCCUUUCCUACCUGGGGCUGACAGAGGCAGGCUUGAGCCCUCGACACACCCUCCUCAUCAUGAUGGUUGUUCCUGUGAUCAUGCAGGCCAGCUAUUGCUUCCUGUUGGCUCCACCUCCUCAUGCCCCCCGCUGCGGCUGGAGUACUUCUACACAGAAGUCUCAGCAGGCCUCUUCCAUGUCUCAGGAGCCACUCCUGGGGCGGGAAAGCACAGCCCGGAACAACACAAAAAGCUGUCGUCUGAGUUUGCAAGAAAAGGGGCAGGUGGUCAAGGGUCUACUGAAAUAUCUGAUCCCUCUGGCGAUAGUGUAUUUUGCAGAAUAUUUUAUCAACCAAGGGCUGUUUGAGCUGCUGUAUUUCCGAACAGCAUCUUUCGGUCAUUCCCAACAAUAUCGCUGGUACCAGAUGUUGUACCAGGCUGGUGUUUUUAUCUCGCGUUCAUCUGCCACCUGCAUACGGAUCCGGCAGAUCUGGCUCCUUGCAGUGCUUCAGUGCCUGAACAUGGUAUUCCUCUUGUUUGCGGUGAGCUACAUGUUUUUACCCAGCAUCUACUUGGUUUUUGCUCUGAUACUCUACGAGGGUUUACUAGGAGGAGCCAGCUACGUGAAUACCUUCCACUGUGUUAGUGCAGAGAGCCAGCCAGAGCACCGAGAGUUUGCCAUGGGAGUGGCCUGUGUAGCCGACACAUUCGGUAUCUCGCUUUCAGGUGCCAUUGCCAUUCCUGUCCAUGACUACUUCUGUCGACUCCCUUGAGGUCUGCGUUCCAGAGGGACCAAGGGAUGCAUUAAUAUGUGACCAUUCUGUUCUGAGUGGUCCAGCAUCUGAUAUCAAGGAGGGGAGAAAAACAAGACUUUUUGCAUAUACCCUCCUGUGACUGUGAAGCAGAAAGGAGGCGGAUCUGAGAUUCAGCCUUUGAUUUUAAUUUCCCUGCCAUUUUCAUUUUGGGGAUCCUUCUGUUUUAAUUGAACUUUGCUGGGUGUCUUCUGUUGCAUGUUACAUGAGGCCCAGGUGGCAGAAUCACAGCACAUAAAAUUACACUUGAAUAGGGAAUCAUGUUAAACGUUUUUCAGAAGAGAAGUAUUUUAAUCCUGCACGUGUGACUUGCAGGACAUAUUGUUAUAGUGGGAAGGGAAUGCACAAUAGUAUUUGGCAUGAGGAUCCACAUAACCUUAAGAGAUAUCAAGUGUAGGUAUCAUUCAUUGGUGACUAUAAUGGGAGGCAAGGAAACAGAUUUAGGUCAGACAUGUAUCCAAUCAAGGAAAGGGGGAAACAAUUUUGCACUGUGGUCAAUAUCUGUCUCAAACAAUAAACCAGCCUUUGGAAGAGU